AUGUGUUUUGAUUUACAAAUCAAAGACCUGCACUCGCUUGCCCAUGCCCCCCUGUCAACCAUUCCUCGUUCCUCCCUACAGAACACUCUGGAGUCCGUAAGGAGCCUAGCUGGCCAGUUCCUUCGUUGGCCCAGAACGCCGCGUCUACCGGCACGGACGCGAUUUCGACGACCUGUCUCGCCUACCUGUAUCCAUCGCAGCGAUGACACCCUCGAUGUCGGUGAGAAACCGAUUGACGUCCUCCAGGUCCGACCGCUUGUCCUCGCGAAACGUGCUAUUGCAGUGUCGAUGGCCUUUGCAGCCAGCGCCUCUCUUCUCGUCAUAGCUCCCGACUUCCUCAGUUUGUCGACCGCUUUGUUUAUGAUGUUCAUGAGCUUUUUGAACUCGCUGGCAGUCGAUGGUUCCUAA